AUGCAUCCCCUCAGACCAUGGCGAGCUCUGCUGCUUGUCACCGUGCUGUGCCACACAGGGCUCUCAGACAAAUACGGUUGCCUGUUUGAAAGAAAACUAUGCACGAGGGAUCAGUUCUGCUCGGAUGACGGGCUGUUUGGUCAGUGCCACAGCUCUAAACAGGACCAGGUCCAGUACCAGGUGUCAGUUCCUGUUCUGAAGAGGAUGCAGGAAGUCCUCAAACAGCUCAUGCUCCAAGGUCUUUCAUGGCAGGAUGACAUCACCCAGUACAUUUUAUCAAAGGAGAUGAAGAGAGUUCCUCGCACCACCCUCCCCUCGAAGCCAAACUCCUUUUCCUCCACCUCUCAUUCACCUCAGUCUAAACAGCACAUCCCCAGUCACCACAGGUCGGGGUCCACAUCCCCUGGUGGCAACUACAUGGACUACAUGAUUGUUGAGCCUCCUCAAUCUCAAAUGCGCAUGGAGACUGCAUCCAUGGACCCGUACACCUACCACCAGCACAGGUACCAAGACGAGGUGGAGAGAUCUCUCAUAGGGGCGGGAGUCAACUACGCCCGCCCCUCUUCAAGGUCCCAGGCCAAUCAGAGGGAGCGAGAGCGAGAGCGAGAACGAGAGCGAGAGCGAGAGCGAGAGCAGCGUGACAGGCAGCUGCUACAGGAGGCCUUGUCUGUCUACCUGGCGUCUGCACAGCCCUCGUAUCGCCACCGGGGGGCUGCUGCCAUGGCCCCUGCAGGUCUGCCUUACUAUGAGGACUUGGAACUGGAGAUACCAGUGGACUAUGUGGAGGACUACACCCUAGAGGAGAGACUUGGCACUGCAGGCAGACCGCGAAUGCAGAAGGAGAAGGUUGCUCAGGAUUUCAGCUCCGUGCCCGGAAACAACAAUGGCUUGCUCCAGAGGAUUUCAGGGGUCUUGCAGAGGUACGGAGUCGACCCCAGAGAACUGAGUCAGGAGCAACUCUACAAGCUGGCACUGAUGCUGCAGCUGCUGCAGGCCCAAGAGAAAUCAGAUCCAAUCGAGAACGACCUCUUCACCCUCAAGGAGAUGCAGAUGGUAAAAACAGACAGUCAAAUAUCAAACAAGCCGCAGAAGCCUGGUGCUGUUGCCGAGCCGGCUGCUGCCUCUCUUGCUGCCCCCCCCUCUGCCUCAGUCCCGGCUACACCUCCAGCCAAGAUCACCAGCCGCCCCUCCUCUGCACCUCAGCCUCCGCAGGUCUCUCCUGCAGCGCCUGGACAAGGCCUGAAGGAUCAGGCGCCGCCACUGGUUGAGGGUACGGGAGCCAAGGAGGAGUAUGGGUACAUCUUCACCAACCAGAGUCGUCUGAGUCUGUAUGAUGGCGUGAAGCUGUUGGAACUACUGGCUGAUAAGAUUCACCUGACAACCAGCAGCUUCAUCAACAUCAGUGUGGUGGGUCCUGUGCUGACGUUCCGUAUCCGCCAGAAUGAACACAACAUGACGGCCGCAGAGGUGGCUGCGAAAGCUGUGUCUGAAAAGAAGUUCCUGGAGUCAGAGACGGGCUUGAAGAUCAUGCAGACCGGCGUCGGAGAGAGGACAGAUGCACGGGGUCUCCCUAAGGUAACCAGGGUUUCCCAGGGCUCCAGUGGCACGGUUAUCACACUUGUUUCCAUGGCAGUCGUAGGCGGCGUGCUGGUAUUGGCCAUGGCCGUAGCUUGUCUCAGGCACUACGCUCAGCAAGUGACCAAUGGCAAGAUCGGCCUGGGGCCAGAGACCGGAGCAGAAACCCACUUCGACUACCAGGAGCUGUGUCGGCAGCACAUGGCCUCCAAGUCCUCCUUGUCCCGCCAGGACUGCAUGGGCGGGGCCAGCAGCAGCGUAGCGGGAGCCGCCAUCGGCACGGGCGCCGGCGGCCGACGCGGCACCGACGUGUCUCGCGUCAGCAGCGUCUCCUCCCAGUUCAGCGAUGGUCCGCAGCACAGCCCGUCCUCCACCCACAGCUCCACCCCGUCCUGGAGCGAAGAGCCGGCCCAGUCCAACAUGGACAUCUCCACCGGUCACAUGAUACUAGCUUAUAUGGAGGACCACCUUCGUAACAAGGACCGUCUCCAGAAGGAGUGGGAGGCUUUGUGCUCCUACCAGGCCGAACCCAGCUCCGUGGCUGUGGCCCAAGUCCCGAGCAACAUGGACAAGAACAGACACGCUGCGUCCCUCCCCUAUGACCACUCCCGGGUGAAGCUGAAGUCUGAAGUAAACACCAACAAGCAAGAUUACAUCAACGCUAGCACCAUUUCUGACCACGACCCGCGCCAACCAGCUUACAUUGCCACUCAGGGACCUCUGGCCCACACUGUUGCUGAUUUCUGGCAGAUGGUGUGGGAGAACGGCUGCACAGUGAUCGUGAUGAUGUCAGCGCUGGUGGAGGAUGGGGAGAAGCAGUGCGAGCACUACUGGCCUGACGAGGGCUCAUCGCUCUACCACAUCUAUGAGGUGAACCUGGUGUCGGAGCACAUCUGGUGUAAGGACUUCCUGGUGCGUAGCUUCUACCUGAAGAAUGUCCAGACUCAGGAGACCAGGACCUUGACCCAGUUCCACCUGCUGAGCUGGCCAGCCAACGGCAUCCCCACCUCCACACGGCCACUGCUGGACUUCCGCAGGAAGGUGAACAAAUGCUACAGAGGUCGCUCCUGCCCAAUCAUCGUUCACUGCAGCGAUGGCAUCAGCAGGACUGGCACGUACAUCCUCAUUGACAUGGUGCUGAACCGCAUGGCCAAAGGAGUGAAGGAGAUUGACAUCGCAGCCACACUGGAGCACAUCAGAGACCAGAGACCUGGCUUGGUCAACACCAAGGACCAGUUUGAGUUUGCGCUGACAGCAGUAGCUGAGGAGGUGAACGCCAUCUUGAAAGCGCUGCCACAGUGA